GAAAUUUUGUUUUUCAACUGGUUUUUGUGUACUUUUUCUUUUUGUUAGCAUUUUCAAACCGAAUAGAUUUGUUAUUUUAUUUUAUUUUACGACAUAUAUAUUUAGUUUAUAAUUUCUAAAAACUUUUUAUUUCUACACGUCGAAGAUGUAUCGGAAAAUUUGGCAUAAACCUCUGCAUCAGCGAAAAAUUCGAACCGGAAAGCGGGUCCACAAUUAUUUCUAAUUCACGAAGCUCUGCACAUUGCCAACUUGAGACUCUGUGUGUGUUUGAUGACUUUGUAGUAAAUUAAUAAUAUGCGCUGAGAUCCAUGAUAUCGUUGCUUCGAAACAGUGGAAGCACAUGCCGUUCUUUAGUAAAAUUAUAUACUAUCAACAGCCCUUUAUCGAGCAUUUAGUUGGCACUUGGCUGGAGCCGUUACCUUUUCCGACAAUACUCAAGGUGUUGGUCACCUUCAUUUUGGCCAUAUUCAUCCUGCUACCGAUCUUAUAUCCAGCGGUCAUAUUUAUUUGGUCCUACGCUGAGGUGCAGUAUAUCAUCGAAAACCACUACGACAUAGCUUUCCCGGAUAAACUCAAUGUGCUCGGCUAUCUGCACCGUCUCUACUCCUUUCGCAUUGUCAAUGAGAAAUACAAUCUCUUUCUGGUGUUGUAUUUGGAGCGCUGGCGCAUUGUGGGCACGGCAAUCGCCUCAACAAUUGACUAUAUACGUUUGGCGCUGUGUCUGGUUUUCAGCACGUGAGCGGAAAAAAAAACUUUUAUUUUAUAUUAGUGGCUAUAAAAAAAAAAUAGAGGGAUAGAAAAAAAUUAUUGCAAUGUCUAAAAAUUACGCAGAAAUUUCGAAAAUUCCAAACGACAAAUUCGCGCACAAUCAUUCAAAAUGAAUCGGUUUUUAUUUAUUUUUUAAGAUUUCUCUGUAUCACUUUAAGUUAGAUAUAUUUAUAUAUAAUAUAUAUGUAUGUAUAUAUAUUUAUAUGCUGUAUGUGUAUUGUAAUUCUUUUUAUACUAUAAUUGUAUGCAUUUUUGUAUCUAUUUUUCUUUUGUAAACUUUAUAAUCUACAAAUAUAAAAAUUUCAUGUA